AACUGUUUGUUGAUUGCUUUUUGUCACUUCUUGCUUUAUCUUCUGCCCAUUACCGUCUCCCUCCGCCUUGCACCCAGAAUCUACUUUCUGGACCGCCCGCACGACCAACGGCAUAGCACGCUCCCCUCUGUGCCUCACUUUAUUGAAGUCAAAAAAAUAUCCAUUCAAAACUUAUCUCGAAUGGGUCGCCCACUUUGGUCUACUGUGUAUAAUCCCCGUUCCACCGAAAUACCUACAAAAACUCCUGGAAAGUGGAGCUCUACAAAUAUUUUUGAUCCCGACUCUGACGCGUUCUUUUAUGGCGCGGAAUUGGAAGUGCCAAUCGCGGAUGCACCAGUCAUGACUGAGCCGGAUACCACCCUGUCGUCUUUUGACUGGACUGCCGCGAGUUCGGUCGAGCGUCUUAACUCGCUCGCAGAACUCGUUGCGGAGCGUCGUAGGGAGUUGUUGGAUGUCAUGGUGCGGCGCCGUAGGAUUGAGGCACUUGAUUCUAUUAGAAGAGCUCGCGAGGCAAUAGCAACCCAGAGACAAACACAACGAGGAGGAACUCUGCCUGUUGCACGGGAAUCUUCCACCUCCUCGGGGAAUCCAUCUGUUGUGAUUCCCUCGGCGGGAUACUCCUCUGGCACACCUUUAUCCCCUCUCAGUGAAAGCGGGCUAGCAGAACUUCAAAAUGAGCCGGAAAGUGACGAAGAAUUUAUUGAGGUGCCCAUGCGGUUUGCCCCUGCCGUCAACCGCCGUUCUCGGGAAUCUUCUCUAUCCAGCAACCGCAGAGAUACGUCUCGUCGACUUUCUGAUCAUGCAGCUCGGCAAGCAUUCAUAAAUUCGUUGCGGGAAGAGAAUAGAGAGGUAGCUUUAGAGAUAGAGCGCAGGAGAAACCGUCUCAGGGAGCAGGCUCAGAACCAACGGCUAGAAGACGAAGGGUCAAGCGUCGAUCGUACCCGUGUCAGUUCCCUGUCUCUGUCAAGGCAAAGACGUGAAUCGUUAUACUCAAGGCUGUCUUCCGCACCAGGACAGCCGGGCCUGAGAUCUCGUGCUCUGUCGACUCCUACUCAUACCGCCGCCAGUGCAUCCGAGCAGGCUGCAACUUCUGUAGAGCUCGAAACCGAAGCCGAAAUUCGGCGGUCCAUGGCGAUUGCUCAGUCUGUUUUUCGAAGGCAGAGGCACCGGGGAAAUCGCAUACCUGUUGCUGAUUCCGGGCUUUCAUGACCCGAUGCGAUGGAGGCUGUAAGAGAUACUAGAGUAGAUCUAGUGAAAGUUGAUUUCAAGGUCUUGUAGAGACGGCUAUUUACUAUUUAGACUGUAUCUCGUAGGCCAAAAUGUACAACAGAAUUGACUGUAUUUCAUCCUACUCAGUCAAAGAUUCAUUAUUACAUGCA